GCUGCAAAAUUCCCAACUUGACCGCGCUGACGUCACGUCAGUCUGGAGCAUCAAGGCCACUUCCACGCCGCUAUUGGUCUGAAAAUCACAUGACAUGUCUCCCAGCAUCCAUAAUUAUGUUCCUGAUAUUUUUGCACCCCCCUCCAAAAGAUGUCAGCAUCCUACUGUCCUGAUUCUCCUGCAGGAAUCCCGAAUAGUUCAGACCCGCUGAACACGCAAAACCAUCCUUGUGGUACCAAAUGCCAAAAUGUCAUGUCCGAAUAAUAUAGCGCCCGGAAACUUCCUCAUGGAUUCCUUAAUGGGAGGAUCGUCUUCCUUCAGGGGUGACGGUUAUUCGAGCAACCCCGGAAUGUACAUCCACACAGCAGCAGAGUACGGAUACUCAGUGAUGAGAAACAUGGGGAAGGUCGGACCGCCUGCACUCUCCAAAAGAGACGAGCUUCCUGCGGUCGGGGAGCCUCUCAGCGGCUACCAGGAUGCGUCCUACCUGUCUGCACAGCUGCCCACAUGGACCCCAGGCUCCAAACCCGGCAGGGACCAACAACCUGUUGCCCAGUGUUUACAACCCUGCUCGUUUCCAGCGGGCAACGUCAAAGAGGAGGCGUUUUGUUGCCUCUAUCAGGAUGACAGCAAUAACGGGAAACAGCAGACAACAGAGUCCACCACAUACAUCCUGGGAGACAAUAGCCGCCGGCCUGAGCGGACCUCCGCCUCGUCCAGUGGCUGUUUCCAGGUGUUCAGCAGCGCAGGGAGGCCACAGCGGGACGAGCAGCAGCCGUUCCCCUCCGGCUUCUCCCUCACACACUUGGAGACAUCUGUUGAGUCAGCAUCAGAAGCGACAAUAAGUUUCAGCAAAAAAACAGCGAGAGAGGUUUCAGAGGCAGAUGAGUGUCAGAGCAGGAAGGAGGAGAAGGCCAAGAGUGACAGCUGCUCAGAUAACUCGGACGGGGAAUCAAAAGAUGAUUUAUCUGCGGAAAAGACGACGGGAAGCUGGUUAAAAGCCAAAAGUGGAAGGAAGAAGCGUUGUCCCUACACAAAGCACCAGACGCUGGAGCUGGAGAAGGAGUUCUUGUUCAACAUGUAUCUGUCUCGGGAGCGCCGCCUGGAGAUCAGCCGGAGUAUCAACCUGACCGACAGACAGGUCAAGAUCUGGUUCCAAAACAGACGCAUGAAGCUCAAGAAGCUCAACAGGGAGUGCCGAGAGAGGGAGCACGGUGCAGUUUACAACUAUCCCUGAAGAGAUUUCUAUUUACCUACACAUGCAUUCACACUCACAUUUACACUUAGUUACACACACACACACACACACACACACACACACACACACACACAGAAACACUCACACACACAAAACAGACACACAGCAUGUCAACUUAGAAUGCAUUCAAUCAUAUUUCUCUUUAUUCACACACACUGUGCCUUCCUAUUUGAACCCUAAAAACUGCAGACUAGACGUGAUUUUCAUUUGAACAUUCGCACAAUUGGAACAGUGAGGUGCUAUUACCUUGUAUUAAUUAUUGUAAUAUAACGUGAUCCUUAAAAAAAAGGAGUAAUCUAUAAAUAACUCUUGGCAUGGAAGCAGUUUCACUUUUUCUGGGCUGUAAUGAAUGUUUUGCAGCUUCUUCCUUGGUGUCUUGCUGUGGCAUACGUGCAAGUGUAGUGUGCAUGAAGCUAUGAUUCCAAAACAAUGAAAGGAGGGGGGAAACAAAAGGUAUUACCAACUUUGUCCUUCUCCUGGUAAAGUGGUGCAAAUGAGGAGGGAGGGAGAGAUACUGCGGAUGAGAGAAGGAGAUUAUGGCACUUUUAAUAGAUGUGAAAGACCAUAACGUUGAUUUAAAUAUUAUCCAGGUGACCACAGUAAGUCAAGGUCAUAAAAUUCUAAUGUCAGGUUCGCCCUAGAAAGCGUUGGGGGUGGAUUUUAUGAUCUGCAAAUAUAAUGUGCUGCAGCAGUAAAGAUGCGUUUAAAGGUGUGUGUGUGUGGAGGAGGGCUAAUCCACACAGCAGAGACUGCAAUGUGCACCAGCCAAGCUAAGGCGCUGGGCUGGAAGGGAGCAGCCAGCCGCCUCCACCCGGGAUAAUGGAGCUACAUGGGAGCCGGAGAUAAGAAAGAUGGUGGAUAAAAAAAAAAAAAAAAGGGGACAGCGACCGCUACGGCUGCAGGGACAAUAAUAAGCAAAGCAUCGCAGCGCACACGUGGAUAACUACACUCACCGGGAAGGCGUCUUCUGCAGGAGCCAACAGAAGAGGGAUCUUCGGGGGACCCUCGCCGCUACCAGCCGCUGCUGCCUGCGAUUACUCCUCCCGGAGGCAAUAAAAGCGCGUUUGGGAACAGGAAAGAGAUCCAGGAAGGCUGCUGGAAAGACUUUUGCCGGGGCACAAACGCUCCUUAUCGGCGAGGUGUGAAGCAACUAUAGCACGGGAGAUGCGCGCUGUGUUGAUAUUCACCCCUCAGCUGCUGCGUGAAUCUGCAACUCCGGAGAGCCUGCUAAAGACUGUUCGCCUGGUCAAAACGAAAGGCACCGUGGAUUUCUCUGCAAGGAUUCGCAGGCUGCAGCUCAUAGAAAUGUUGUCUGAAGAAAUAUCGCAGAAGCUUCUUCGGGCGUCCCAAGUUGCCAGCGGAAU